AUGGCGGAAGAACCAUUGGGAGAAGGGAGCCAAACAAACGGGAGCAAACAAAGCACGGCGAGCCCAAAGUCUGGUGUGGUGCUUACCUCAGCACGAGGCCGGUUCCCCGAGACACCAAAGCGGGACAGUGAAAAUUUGGCUGCGACUUUCGCACCUGCAGACGUUCUGGAAUUGAUGCAGAAGCCAAAUGCGAGCGAAGCGAGUCUCCCUCCAGAGCCUCGCCCUUCAAAUACCCCUCCCAUCCCCCCCGCCCUCUCUGACUUUCCCCGUGACAUCCCCCCGCUGUCCCUGCGCCCGCUCGCCCUCCUCUUCCGUCUCACGCCCACCAACCUGCUGCCGUCUCUCUCAACCUGCUCCGCAGCGCACCCCUCCCCCCCCCAUCUCCGCUAUCUCCGUUGCGCCCGUGCAUGCAAGGUCGGUUGUUACGUGUACAGAAGAGCAGCACACCUGACGAGGUCCGGCACCUUCGACCAGGCUAUCGACAUGCAAUCUUACCCCGCGAAACGAAGCAUCGAGACGAGCGCGGCUGAGCUCGACGCGAAGCUCGAGCUUCUCUCGCAGCUGUGCUUGCCAGACUUUGACUGCACCUCCUUCGAGGGGUACCCGUGCCCCCCCUCGUGUGCGGACGAGGAGUGGAUGGCCGGAUACAAGUCUGUCGUGGACGCGUCCACGAACUCUUCCGUGUCUACCAUGUUCGACGACGAGGAGGACAUGGACGCGUGCAACCCGCACCUCUACGACCCCACCCUGUUCUCAGACCCGCGGUACGCGUCGGGGGCGACGGCGACGGAGUCGCGUGCGCAGUGGCCGCAUCAGCACGCACCGAGCGAGAUCGACAAGCCUUUGCCCGAAAUCCCACGUCCCUCUCUCAUUCGCAGGGGCGUUCCGGAUGCCCCACCUCCCUCCCCGUACGCGGCAAAACCGCCGAUGCCGUUGCCCUUCUCGGAGACGCCCCCGUCUUCGCCGCUGGGAUCGGAGUUUACGAAUCUCUCGCGACCGAGUAUGACCCCUACACCCCCUGCCUCUCCGCCUCGUUCUCCAAAAGGACAUACAUUCCCUCGCGCUCAGGUCAACUCCGCGGGCGUCACCCCGGCCGUGAAAUCGCGAGCACCUGUUGUGCAGCGGCAUGCAACCUAUCCCUCUCUGACAUCUGCUCUCGAUCUGUUGGAGGACAGACAUACCUCUGCGGAGAAGCGGCUGGGUGUACUUGUAUCGGAUGAUAGGCAGGUUGGUGACGAAUCCUUCCUUCCGGUUCCAUCUUCCCGCGACAGAAGUAUCAGCGUCGGCCGAAGCGGUGCUGAAGGCAUAAAGCCCGCUCUGACAAGCAGGAUCCCAAGUCUCAAGCGGAAGCAGCGCCCCGCGCUGCCUGCACUCUCGACGUCCACCUCGUCUCCGCAGCUGCGCACGCUUGUCAGCUUGGGUACAGCAUCGUCCAUGUCGUCUACCUCUUCCCAUGGUACCACAACCGCACCCGCAUCUCCAGUUGCGACAAUGCCGACCACUUCUCUAUCAGACUCUUCCGCCCCAUUCCCGUCGUCUCACGCUGCGCUCGAGGACGACGCUCCUCUGCUCUCGUCUCGGUGGUCUGUGGACUCGGUAGCUUCGAGGCCAACACCGUCCUCCCAGGCCUCGCUCAGUCCCUCUUCGGGCCCGCAAUCCCCGACCUUGGGCAGAAAGCGAGAUCGGCUGAUUAGUUUCAUUACCCGGGGACGCUCAGGCUCUCUGGGGAAGCCCCCGGCGCCCGCCAUGCCCUCUGCAGACCCCGACGUUCUAGACAUCAGCCGGCGCUCUGAGGGCAAAGAGCCGCACUUGACGAUCGUAUCUCCACGCCCGUCCCUCUCCAAUCCUCUGCCGCCGCUGCCGGUCGCCAUCUCCGCGUCGUUCUCGUCCUCGUCGUCCCGCUCGUCGGCCGCCUCGUCCGCAUCCAGCCUCCCCACUCCUGCGGAGCCCUCGCGUCGCACGCCGUCGCCGAAGGUCGCAGAGCUCGCGCCCGCGGCCACCGAUCCCGCGAGCGGCGAUUUUGAACGCCGGUACUCGGGCUCGGGCGCGCUGCUCCAGCCGUUUGAGUACCAGCAGUGCCAAGACCAGGAGCUGCCGUCACCGCCCGCGUCGCCCCCGCCCGAGCCCACGCUCCCCCUGCCGUCGCCCGGCACGCCGUCGCCGUCGUUCUUGAUGGUGCCGCAGCCGCGCUCGCACUCGUUCUUCUCCCUGGCGCUGAAGCGCCGCCCACGCCGCCGCGGGAAGAUGCUCAUCAUUACGGGCGUGCCCGACGACGAGGACCGGAGCAGGUAUGACAGCUUUGUGCGGUGGUGCGAGAGUUUCGGGGAGCUGCGGAAGAUAUCCAGACAGCCCGACGGGACGCUGCACGUGUUCUGGCGGCAGUGGGAGGCCGCGGAUAUGGUGUGCCGGCUGAACGCGCAGGUGUCUAUCAGGGACGUCGGGCGCGUGAACAUCGUCUGGCGGUACACCAACUAG